ACAAUUGUCUCUCUCGGGAAAAAAAAAAGAAAAACAAUGAGUUUAGUUGGGCAUUUUAGGAGAGUAUAGGUUUACAAGAAUAAUUAGAGGAUUUCAGGGGGGGUGCAGUAAAUAUUGGUUGAAAACAGUAUUGUUAGAUGGGGGAGAAUGGUCAUGUGAGGUGAAAACAAUAAUUUACAAUUUGUAAUUUUACAAGAAUAAGUUGUGGUGAAUGAAGUUGGAAUUUAACAUUAGGAAAACUACAAUAAAAAAACAGUGCAUUGUAGAAUUUUUUUUUACAAGAAUUAAGUUGCAAUUUACAAGUUGUAAUUCUAAAAGAAACUUUGGAUUUUGGGGGGAAUACAUUUGGAAUUGCAGGCAAGAAAAGUAAUAUUGAUUGAAAAAAAGUAAUUUUACAUGGGGGGGGGGGGGGGUUGUAAUGUAAUUUACAAGUUCUAAUUCAUAAAAAAAAAUAAGUCCAUAAAGUUUAAUACUGUAUGUAAUUUUUAAACGAAAAUGUUUUUUUUUUUUUAAGUGAGAAUUUGCAGUGGAUGAAGUUGGGAUUUACAUGAGUAAAGAUGCAAUUGUAGUUAAAUAAAAGUGAAUUGUUAACGCAAUAUUGACAGACUCGUUUAAGUGUUCACAAUAAUUAUUAUUAUUUUUUUAACCAUGUAGUCAUCAUCCGACGGAGGCUGCUCUUACAUAUGCAUGCACGCAUCUGUAAUAUAAUAUUACAGGAAAAAAAAAUACACAUUUUAUGAGUUUUAAUUUUACACGAUAAAAGCCAUAACAUGAGUCAGCAAGAUUUUUCACAAGGAAAAAUUCAGGAAUUUUAGCAGACAAAAAAGUUGUAAAAUCUAUCUUAAAAAAAAAAAUACAAUUUUACGUUAGAAAAAGAAAUUGUAAUUUAUAAUUGAGGUUUUUUUUUUUUUUUAAGUGUUAAUUUUGGGGAAUUUUAAGUGAAUAAAGUUGUAAUUUUACAUGUGUCGAUAAAUUGUAAUCUAAUUUUGUGUGAGGAAAAAAGACGUAAUGGGGGGGGGGGAAUCGUAUUUUAAGGUGGAGAAAAGUAAUUUACGAGUUGCAUUUUUAUCAGAAUAAUUUGGGGUUAACAAGAAACAUUUUAGGUGAUUAAUAUUAUGGGAGAAAAUACAUUAAAUUAGUGUCAUGAAAAAAACGGUCAAUGAAGUCAUAACAAUAUAGACUGUAUUAAUGUACUAUAUUAUCACAAAGUAUAAAGUUAUAAUUUCGACAAGAAUCAUUUUUUUGAAUUUUGGGGAGAAUGAAGUUAUUCCUUUGUUAUUGUUUUGGAGCGGUUGAAAAAGUUGUGGAAAAAAGUGAAUUUUUCAAGAAGAAAUAUCAACACUACGAAAGGUGUUCAAGUGUUGCUGUUAUGAUUAUGAUUUUUUUCUUGUUGUUGUUUUUGUUCUCGGCGUAGUUAUGGCGUGGAGCUCGGCAGUGAAAGCGGGGGCUCACCUCCGGCUUGGUCCGAGCGAGGCUGCUCAGGAGGCGGCGACCCCUCCACCUUGGCAGCCCCGCGGUGGAUCUCUUUUCUUUCUCUCCCCCCCCCCCCCCCCUCUUUCUCUCUCCCCCCGCACCUUUGUGUUGUGCGAUCGACUCUUGCAGUCUGUUUCUCACACCCACCCCUCACACACACACACACCCUCCACUUCCCCCCUCCUCCUGCGUUUAGCAUCUGAAAGGAGCUCUGAGUGAGAAUCGAUGGCGCAGAGGCCCGCUUGACAGGACAAUAAAGCACAAAGAAGGGACCCUCUGCAGCAGCCAUGCUCCAGCGGCAGCCGCCGUCCCCCCGCAGCCGUCGCAUCCUCCUCGGCCAGGAGUCCCCCCCGUCCCCGUCCUCCCCCAGCAGCCGCCGACUCCUUCAGACGAGCGAGCCCGGCCACAACUCCCCAUGAGGCGGCCACCAGCACUCGCACCGACCGCUCUGUAUGGAGCCCCUCGCCACUGAAGUAAGUGGACAUGGAGGAUGAAGACGGGACUUGUCUUCUUGAUGUUUUGUGUGACCCCCAAGCCCUGAACGACUUCCUUCAUGGGACCGCUGAGCUGCAGACCGAAGACCUGCUCAUUAGCGCCUCCUCUGGGGAGCCGUCUCUCUUUGCAGACGCCCCGAGUCCCGUCUCGCUGCUGGGGGACGGCGGAAGCUCCCCGAGUACGCCACCGCACGGCUGCGUGGAUCUCUCCUUCCUGGAGGAGGCCCUCCUCUCGUCACCGGAGGACACGGACGACGCCGGGCGGGGGGAGGUGCCGCAGGCGGCGUCCCCGGUUGAGCUCGGAUGCCAGUCGGAGGAGGAGGUGGCGGCGAAGGAGGAAGAGGAAGUGGCCUGCUGCGACAUCCUGCAGCAGAGCCUGAAGGAGGCUGACAUUACGGAGCAGACAGUCACCCAAACGGGAGACUCGCUUUACCCGCCCGCGCUGCCGUUUGCCAUCAAGUCCGUCGUCCCGGCCUUACCCAGAGACACUCAGGCGGCCGUUGAGCCCCCGCAGCCCUCCUUGCUGGCCGUGGGGCCGGGGUGUCCAUCCCUAAAGCCUACCCCCCCUCCUCAGCUGAUGGGGCUCCUGCCCGGGAAUGUUUUCCCCGCCCCUUCGCCGGAGACGUCCUUGGUUCAGGGCUCUGGUAUGAUCCUCCAUAAAGCCGUCAGUGCCCGGCCUCUCGUCGCCCCGGCCGCGGGGAUCGUCCUGCAGCGCACCCCCCUCCCCAUCCAACCCAAGCUUCCCAUCAGCAUCCAGCCAAGACUGGUCCAGAUCAGCCCGAAGCCGUUGGGGCAAAAACUGGUUCCUGGGACCACCUCGCCAAAUAUUCUCCUUUCCCAGCAGCCUUCCACUGCGGUCCCGGCGGCCCCCGAGCCGCUCCCCAAACCCGUCCGCCUGCAGCUGCUCAACCAGGGCGGCUCCUUCAUGCUUCAGCCUCAGGGACUCUUUCAAGGCCAAAAUCAGUUCCUUCUACCAGGUCAGUCCCAGGUUACCAUCGCCCAACCUGCUGCCGGAGCUUUGCUGACCGCCACUCCCCAAGGCCCGCGAGGGACUCCCUUCGGCGGGCAGAUCGUGGACGGCUCACAGUUCCUCACAGUGCCCCAGAGACAGCUCAACUUCAGCCCCGUGUUCGCUACGGGGCAGCUGGCCCUCGGUCAGGCCGCUAUCUUUUCUCCUACCGUCUUCCAGAUGCCGGCGCAGCUCGCCACGGGCUACGCGAACAGCGGGCAGGGGCAGAGAGCCACCCUGGUGCACGGACCGGCUGUGGGAAACCGCAUCACCUUGAUCAACGGCUCCGGGAUGCUCCCCUCGGACUUGGCCUCCAUAUCCAUCGUCAACGCCCCCUCGGUGGUGCAGGGCCUGCCUUUGGCGGCUCAGCCCACGCGGGCGGCCGUGACCGACGCCCCGCGGGGCCUCCAGGCCGCCUCGGUGGCGCUUCUGCCCGAGAGAGGUAUCCCCGAAGAGAGGGGCGGCUCGGAGGAAAGUUUUCAACAACAGCGCUUGGGUCCAGUGAUCCAGCAGCAGGUGUCGGUCCGGCCCCUCGUCCCCUCGCCACCCGUGGCGACCGUCCUGCCGCCACCACCUGAACCGGCGGCGGCCCCCGACGUGGCCCACGUGGUGAAGGAUGUGGCCCAGUCCCUGAGCCAGGACCAGGACUUUAUCAAACAACUGCAACAGCAAGCAUUCGGCUCUCCUGUUACAUCCGACAUAUUGGUUGGAGUUGCACCAGCGGUAUCGGUUGACUCUCUAACCUCGACGGUGGACAACGAGCAAGAGAGCCAGCCAGCGACCAUCAUGUCGGACUCGUGUCCGGACGCCUCGCCGCUGCCCUCCGACUCAGAGGACGCGUCCCUGCUGGGCUCGUCCCCUUCGCUCCGGGACUCAGCCACGUUCCCCGAUCCGAACCCCCUUUCUGGACUAGAGGGCUCGUCCCCGCGGCCGCAAGUCCAGUACCAGGUUCCCCAUCAGUUCCAGGGCUCGCAGACUUUGUUCAUGCACAGUAGAGGCACACUUGCCUCACCUUCCCAGGCACCGUCCUCUGAGCCUACUUUGACCCCCAGCAUCACAGUGCCUCAACAUCAGCCGGACCCCUCAGAUGUAGGGGGGGUAGACACCCCCAUCCAACAGCACACACAAAUCACACCAACAGCUGCCUUGGUCCUCGAGAGCGACGUACUGACUCCCGACGUCCGGUCGCCCUCCCCCAACACCCAGGAGUGGGACCAUUACGGGCUCGCAGCUCCCAGGGAGUGUGGCCACGUGCCAAGAAACCAGCAGCUGGCAGGCGUGGAGCUGCAGUCGGAGGAACCACUAACACCAGCAACACGACGUCACAGGUUCCAACAGCUGCUUUGCUCGGACCAUCUGGCGGUCCAGCACCCGCGCACCGGCCCGGCCUUCCGCACCCUGACGGAUGCUGCCCGCCGCCUGUUGCCGUACCACGUCUGUGCUGGACACACACCCUCUCAGGAGGACUUCGCUUUAGUGGACCAGGAGUUUGACACUGUGUCGGGGUUCCUGCUGAAGCGCACCAAGGACAUGGUGAACAAAUACAGGCAGCUACUGGUCAGGGAAACAUGGCAGGAGAGUCCGUCCGCUGAGAUGGUGAUGCUGGAGCGUCUCUUCCUGCAGGCGGAGCGCUUUUCCCUGGGAGAGGACAGGCAGCGGGCAAACAAAGACCCAGAGUCUUUCCUGAUGUCCUUGACCUCAUCAGCAUCUUCCUCACACCGCUCGGGGUCCUUACAGCCUCCACCACCAGCCCAGGCCUGUGUCCCAGCCUGGACUAGACUGUCAGACCGCCCGCCUGGACUCAAGACGUACCGUUCCAGCUCACGCGGGGCGCUCAGGCUCACCAUCAAGCAAGAGUGCGGCUACCGCAAGGUGGUGCGCAGCUCCAUCGCCGACUCUGGUCCCAAGCGGCACCACGUGGGGCAGCUCUCCAACGGUGGCGGCGGGGCCAACGGAGUGUCACGGCAUCCUCGACGCGAAGACAAGAUCCCCAAUGGAGUGGAAUCCAAAAAGAAAAACCAUCUUCCGGCGCCUCCCCCGCAGGACACCCCCAGGGUCAAAUGCCUCAGGUUGGACGUGCCGCCACCCCUCAGCUCCCUGGAGGAAGACAUCGUGCUCAGCGAACAUCUGCAGAGCGCCAUCGACAGCAUCCUGGAGCUACAGCGGCUGCAGGGACCAUCGGCAGGCCCCCUCGGGAGGGCCCCGGACCAGCCUGUCAGCAGCGCCUUAGGGAGUCACCUGUGAGGCUCCACCAGGAUGUAGGAACUCCCAGCUGAGCCAACCAAAAGCUUGACUUUUGUCUGUUGCUAGGAAGAUUUUAAUCCAUGCAUCGGUCGUUCUUUUCAUUUGGCAGUGGAAAAAGUGACUUUUUUUUGGUCAUUUGUUUUUCCAAUCUAACAAAAAACACAUUUUUCAUACUUCAUUUUUUGCCUCAAUAUCUUGCAGAUUUCGUAGCAGGGCUCGGUCUCUAUCACCCCGUGAAUGGCAAGGGUUCACUGUAUUUGCGCCAUACUGUAUGGACUUACUGCACAAUGUUUGAAAGAAGAAUGAAAAUAAUGCCAUUGUCUACUAGGCCACGUGGUGUUUUGUGUGGACAUAAACGAGUUGAAAACAAUGCGAUUGGACAAUAGCAAUUAUGCGUUCCUUCUUCUGAUUCACAGGUUUUGUUUCUCUGAAAUGUCGAGGAACAAAACGUGUUUAGAGUCUAAAGUUAAUACAUUUAAAAAAAAAAAAAAAAGGCUUUUUUUUUUGUUCGAGUUAAAGCAAAAACAAGUUUUUAUGUAUUUUUUGGGAAGCGGGGAGUGGUGCCAAUUGAAAACGGAAGGUACUUGAUACGCCGAUUUAUUUUGAUUGUGCGUUUGGAAUACGAUAAGGAAAUAUGACAAAGAAGAAGCACUAUUGAUAGUCCAUUAGGUGUUAAGAUACCUUAUUAUUGUGUACCUUUGUGCUGAAAAAGUUUAUUUGAAUAGGAGCGCUAUGGUUUCCGUAGUAUUUUUUAUUUUUAUUUUUUUAUUUUUUCCCCAGCAGUGCCAAGCUUCCAGGGUAUUUAUUUUGAUAACGUGUGCCAAUGUUUCAAGUCAAACUAACUCCAAAGAACUUGUUGCCCUUGCCCCCACAAACACACCAGCAACGCUCGGAUCCUCUCGGGAAACCCGGACCACUACUAGACGCAUCGUAGCUCAAGCUGUGAAAAACAAAGUUCCUGGAGAGAGCGACGACAACCAUGUUGGAUGUUUUUUGUAAAGCAAUAAUGUCUCCGGAAUGAAGGAGAAGGCAGAGUAACAGGAGGAUCUUGCUUGUUGUUGGGUGAUGUCGCUUUCAUUGCUUUAGUUUUGUUGUUCUGAAGAGAUGUGGGCGUGGAGACUUGGACUAAAUCGACUUGCAUGAAUCGUGGACAAAGUAACUUGGGAAUUAUGUAGACUUGGACCAAAGGACUUGGCACAUGCGUGAGAGUCCAAAUGAUGUGGAAUCUACACAGUACUUGGACUAUAAACACUUCAGGACUCCCCUGAAACCCAGGCCGAACGACUUUAGACUUGCUAGCAACUCAUGAAUCAUUUGUGACUUUUGACUCUCCGGACCCAGACGACUCGAGACCCAGGACUUAAAUGACAGUCGGACCACAAGAUUUUCAACCUGCAUAGAACUUUCAUGAGAUCAAAUGACGUCGGAUAUGUACGAGACAUGGAACUAAACCAUUUUUGACUUGCUUAAGACCAGGACUAAAUCACUAGGCAAGGUUCUUAAUACAGCAUUUGUUUGAGACUAAAUGAUGUGGAACUUGCAUGAAAUGUCCAAGUAACUUGGGAACUUGAAACAAGACUCCAACUAAACCUUUUAGGACUCCCUUGAGAAGGACAUGUGAGACUUGAUCCUAAUGACUUUGGACUUGCUAGCAACUUUGAGAAUAACUUGGAACCUUGGUUAAGACUCGGGGCCCAACACUUAAACCAAGUGACACUAGACACAAAACUCGGACCCAAAAAUAUGCAGCUCACAUACAACUUGCUUGAGAUCUGCAUUGUACUUGGACUAAAACCCUUCACGACUCCCCUGAGACCUGCGCCAAAUGACUCAUGUGAGACUUGAUCCGAAUGGCUUUGGACUUUCUAGAAACUUUGGGAAUCACUUGGGACUUUGGUUAAGACUCGGGGGCCAAAGACUUGAACCAAGUGACUCGAGACAUAGAAGUUGAAAGACACUUUGACCAAAAGAUUUAGGACUCGGAUUGAACUUUUAUGAGAUCAAAUGAUUUGGGUUAUGCGCAAGACUCAAACACAACCUAUAAACUAAAGUAUUUACGACUUGCUUAAAGCAAGGACUAAAUCACUCGGGACUUCUUAAUCUUAGACUCGGACCAAAUGAUGUGGAUGUUGCAUAAAACAAGUUGUGGAAGACUUGAACCAACCAAAAGAGACUUGGACUAAACCCUUCAGGACUCCCCUGAAAUGAAAUGUGAGACUUGAUCCAAGUAACUUUGGAAUGGGUCGCAAACUCAGGACCAUGACUCAGGCAUUUGCUUGAGACUUGGACCACCUUUUAUACAAGUUUCAAAUCAUUUAGUACCUUGGGACUUAUAGUAGACUAACCAAGUGACCCUCUAGUUCCUAGACACUUGUUUCUGGGCUUGUUUCUUGGAACUAAAACCUUUAGGACUCCCCCCAGGAGUUGGACCAAAUCACUCAUGUGAAACUGGAUCCGAAUGACUUUGGACUUUGGUUAAGACUCUGGCAUUUGCUUUGAGACCUGGACCACGUUAUGUCAUUUAGUACCUUGGAACUUUUGGUGGACUUGCACAAUGUGACUCAUGAGUUUCUCUAGACUUGUUUCUGUACGAGAUUUGGACUAAACCAAGACUAAGACCAGGAACCAAAUCCCUCCAUACUUCUGUUGGUCAUUUGGAAGCUUUUGUUAACGUGACAAUCUUUUUCUCCAUCCAUUAAAUUUCCCCCAAAUUUGUGGGGUUUUUUUGGGCAAAAAAGGUGGUGGUGCAACUUUAAAACCUAAGACAAAAAAAUUGCGACUGAACAACUUUUCACUACCACAUCAGACUUGUCUCUGUGUGAGACUUGGACUGAACCCCUUCAGGACUCCCCUGUGACUUCCCACAUGAUCACUUUUUGAAUGGUCGCAGUAAGAAUAUGCAGUACUUUAGCACGCAAAACCUCGUUCAGAAACAUCAUCCAGGGUUUCGACCGGAGGUUUUCAAGGGAAUGCAGUAUGGAGAGAAAGAAGAAGAAAAAAAAAAAAAAAAAGAUGUCAGAGUGACUUUUUCACUCCUUGCCAACGCCACUUUGUUAAAAAGAAAACGGCGUCAGUCUAAUGGAAGCCCUUCUGGAAAGAGCCGCCUCGUGUGCCAUUGUCGCCGUCGUGUCCGACACUGACCGUUUGGAAAUGAUCUCUCGCAGUCCUCUUUGGGAAAUAUUUCCAGGGACUGAUUGUUCUCAUGCCAAAAUCUAGAGGCCUUAAACCAGCGUAGCUUGGAUUGUCAACAACAAUAAAAAAUGUGAUCGCCUCAAGCGAUUCGUACCACUUGUUUUUUUGUUUUUGUUUUUUACUGCUUUUACAGACUAUUUAUGAAAACUGUGAUUUUGUACAAAAGAAUAAAAAAAAGUGAAUGUGA